CAGCAGAGACAAACCAGACCGGCUCCCCCACGACAGCCUUCCUGGGAAAAUGUCCCUGUUCCUGCUCCUAAUCCUGCUGGCCUGCUUCCUGCCUCCCAGAACACAGGCAGGGGAGAUCAUCGGGGGACAUGAGGCCAGACGCCAUUCCCGCCCUUACAUGGCAUGUCUGAGGACAUCAAAGAAAAGGUCUGAGUGCUUAUGUGGUGGUUUCCUGAUCCGAGAGGACUUUGUGCUGACUGCUGCUCAUUGUAUUGGAAGCUUAUACAGGGUCACUCUGGGGGCCCAUGACAUCAGCAAGAAGGAGAGAACCCAGCAGGUCAUUCCAGUGAGCAGAGGAUUCCUUCACCCAAACUAUACUGCUGAGAAGUCUGCCAACGACAUCAUGCUGCUGAAGCUGGCAAGAAAAGCCAAACUGACCUCAGCUGUGCAGCUCCUCAGCCUGCCCAGCCCCAGGGCCCAAGUGAGGCCAGGACAGGUGUGCAGUGUGGCCGGCUGGGGGAGAGCUGCUCCCUAUCAUCAGAAAUCGUCAAAUAUAUUGCUGGAGGUGAAUUUGACCAUGCAGGAUGAUUAUCAGUGUCAAUCUCGUUUUCCAGAGGAAUAUAUCAAAGCCACUCAGCUGUGUGCUGGAGACCCAAACCUAAGGAAGGGUGCCUUUCUGGGGGACUCUGGGGGGCCCCUGGUAUGCAAGAAUGUGGCCCAGGGAAUUGUCUCCUAUGGAGAAGAACAUGGAGUACCUCCAGGGGUCUACACCAAGAUCUCCAGCUUCCUGCCCUGGAUACAUAAAACAAUGCAAAGGUGGAAUGGGCGCCGACUCAACAGGAAGGCACCUACCUUUCCUGUGUGAAGACCUAACUGACUCCAGCAAUGCUUGAAAUCUAUCUCUUUACUCAUUC